CGGUUCAUUCGCUUAUUUCUUGAGUAGAAGCUGGCUGAGGCGCAGUCGUACACCUGCCUCGCGAGACUCGUGGCCGGAACAUUCGAGCAACGCGUGACUAUUUUCCUCUAAAGGAAUAAAAUUUUAAAUGUAAAACGGACAUUGCGGUUUUGCCAAAAUCAAUAUCGAUCGUCCUCAAUACGGUUCAAGGCCUUCUGUGUUGUACAAGACACUCCUUUCUGAAGAGGAACUUUAUAGCGAUUAAUCGACCUAAUCGUCCAUAAUCCACGGAAAGGCUGUAACUUCUCUAAAUUGGAGAUUUGUUGAUCUUCCCCGGCUGCAACGACCCACUAGCCGCUAUUUCCACGCUCCGUGGUGAUAAGAAUGAUCAAGAAAGCGAGCCGCUUAGGCUUUUUAUUUUCUCUCGCAAAUCUUGCUAGAGCAUAAUUUUUGAGACGAUGCGGAAAAUUCUGUGAGGUGAGGAACCCGCGGUUGGCGCCACUGCUAUCGACCAGAGUUCGUUUGAAGACUUUCUGGCUGCGGAGGCGGUUUCUGGGGGAUGAUGGGACCAGAGGAUGAGUAGAGGAAUUUACCCUCAACGAAGCGAACGCAGACAAAUCUGUGAGUGAAGGGCGGAAAGGUUUCCGCGGGGAAAAUCGAUCGAAGCCACGCCACUGCAUCGUCCCGGAAAGUGCAAUGGCCUCCAAAUCGGGAAGGUCCUAUUCAGUAAGGUCACCAAGGGUUGGUGGGCCACUGUCCCAGUCGUUGGCAAUGAUUCCUCCAACGAUGCAUGGUCAUGAUUUUAACCAACCCCUUUCGAGGGUUGUUAUGGUUCGUAAAACGGACCAGAGGACGUUUAGUAAAGGUCGAAGGGGUGGUGAACCACUGUUAGAAACAGUUACAAGAGAAACUGUAGAAUUAUUUAAUGGUGGAAGAGCAGAGAGAAAAUACACUUCAGAAACCAGAGAUAUUGUCACACCAAAAUCUAAUAGUAUGCCCUCGCUCAACGUUAGCGGAACGAAAAAGAAGGUUGUCGGUUUUGUUGACCAGUUAUCGCCCGAAAGAUCGAGAGCAGAUUCGGUGAGAUCGAAAUCGCCGUUGACGGCCUCACCAGCUUCUCCUGGGCCAUUGUCUAAUUCGUUACAUGGCAGUUUCCAUAGUAGUCUUGGCAGCGAUGGAAUGUCAUGUAGUAGUGCAAGGUCUUCUUCAGCAUCUCCGGAUUCUGCAAGAUAUUCGUCUACACCGAUUACAAAGACUGAAACGCGUAAACCGUCUGUGCGCAGAUUGGGUGCUAGCAAGGAAUUUGUCAACCUCUGCCUUGAUACACACAACUUCUAUCGAGCACGACAUGGAGUUCCGCCCUUACGUCUCAACAAGCAGCUUUGUAGAGCGAGUCAAGAAUGGGCCAACGUCUUAGCAACUAGAGGUAGAUUAGAGCACAGAGCUAAUAUAGACUAUGGAGAAAAUCUUUACUGCAUGUGGAGUUCAAAUCCAAAAACCUUAGUGGGUGGUGAGGAGCCAGUGAAUGAAUGGUACGCUGAAGAAACGCAGCACGUUUAUACCAAGGAACCAACGACCUUAAAAACUGGUCAUUUCACUCAGGUGGUCUGGCGUGAUAGUACAGAACUCGGAGUUGGUAUGUCUAGGAAUCGCAAUGGAGAAGUCUACGUGGUCUGUAAUUAUAAUCCAGCUGGAAACUUUCUCGGAAGCUUCACAGAGAACGUUCUCCCGCCUGUUGGUACCUGUUCAGGAAAAAGAAUCAAUUUUAUCGAUCCAAAAGAACAGAGUGAAAUUGAUGAGCUGGAGUGGCAGAAGGAAGCCUUAUUGGUACAUAAUGAGUACAGAAGAAGGCACAGAGUUCAAGAUCUGAGGCUGAAUCCAGAACUCACUGCUGCUGCCAAGGCUUGGGCUCGCACGCUAUUAAACACGAACAAACUCAUACCACAAUCAACCUCUCCAUAUGGAGAAAAUAUUUAUUCGAUGCAGUGCUCAGACCCAAAACUCAUCGUGUCACCUAGAGAAGUAAUUUCAAAAUGGUAUUCUGAAAGAAAGGAUCACAAGUUUGCAAGCGAACCAAAAGUCCUGAAUACAUGUCACUUCAGCCAAAUAGUCUGGAAAAACACGAGCGAAAUGGGCAUUGCAAUGGCAAAAAGGGAUGGAACCUGUGUGGUUGUUGCAUGCUACCAUCCAAGAGGAAACAUCAUCGGACAAUUUACUGAAAAUGUUUUAAAGCCUGUAAAAAAUCUCUGAUUGUCUACCCCUCGGAAAAACCUGUCGAUAAUAUAAUCUAAGAUUUAUUUAUUUAAUUAACCGCCACAAAUUUGUGAGUUGGAUGAAAAAGGCACACAUCUGUGAAUGUGAGACACGAAACGCAUUUCAGGAGUACAACAUUUUUGUACAUUGUUUUGUACACGAUUUUUACAAUUGUUGGGAAUGUAAUGAGUGGAGAGUGAGUCGAGCAAGUCAAAGUAUUAUUGUUUUUAUCUCGAAUUUCUACACUGAAAUAAAAAAGUGUAAAUGAAAGUUGUGGCUUUGAUGAGGUUUUGACUGAAGAUUUUUAGUAUACGAGUAGAUCGAAGCAAAGCGUCGUUAGAUCUUGUAUAUAUUAUGCAUUUGUAGAACAUUCCACGUACAGAAAAGUAGUACGAUGCAUCGUAAAUCGUAAAUCCUUAUGUAAUAUUUUAUUAUGUAAAGUAAUUAUUAAAAUAAUAUUACGGAAAA